AUGACAUCUGAGAAGAAGUACGAUGCCAAAAAAGCAGCUUGUUGGGGUGCUCUGGAUUGGCUAAUCGGAAAAGAUCGUUCGACUCCACUGGUGGAUCUUCUUAUGAGAGUAAAUAGUGACAUGAAUGAGAACCUCAGUCGCUCCUUUUUUAAAGCUCUUCAGUCUAAUGGCAAUUACCUCCGAAUUCAGAGUAGGGUGCUGGCUCAUCUGUACAGCCUUCCUAAAGCAAAGUACGUACCAGUCUGUACGGAUGGAGAUUCUUUUACAUUUUCUAACAAGUCAUGUAAUUCACAGUCUCAGCCAAUUCCAAAGGCUGCAGCAGAAGUCAAUCCUGAAUCUGGUGGAUCAAAGGGUGUGUUGGCCAAGCUAGCCAUUGACAAGCUGAAGGACUCUAAAGAGAGUGAUGAAAGUAUGCCUAUUGAGGGAGAGGCAAUAGAAGAUUUCAGUAUCAAAUCCAAGUCUGAACGCAAAAUGGAAUCUAGUGGCAAUAAAAGCUGGGACAGGGACAGGGAGAGAGGUAAGGAGACAGAGACAGGGAUAGAAUGA